AUGUUCGUGAAAAGGAAUCCGAUCAGAGAAGCUACCGCCGGGAAAAACUCUCCGCCGCCACCGUGUGUCAAUGUUGCGGUCGCGUACAUACGAGCCGGAUCUUACUACGAAAUCGAUUCCUCGAUUCUCCCUCAGAGAUCGCCGGAGCAACUUAAAUCGAUCAGAGUCGUCAUGGUCGGCAAAAUCACGGCACGCGACGUGACUCUCCGAUACCCGAGCAUGUACUCGCUCAGAUCGCAUUUCGAUUGCAGCCGUAACAGCAAAAUGAAUCGGAGUAACUCGGAGAAGAGGAGUGGUAGUCUUCUUCCCGUUUUGGACGAGAGCCAUGUGAUGUCAUCGGAGCUAGCUGGAGAUUUGCUUUACAGAAGAAUCGCACCUCACGAACUUUCUGUCAAAAGAAAUUCGUGGAGUUUUUGGGUUUCUGCUGCUUCUUCUCGUAGGAACAAUUUCUCACGCAGAGAAACGAUUCCUCAACCGGCGUACAACACUAGACUCUGUCGCGCGGCUUCACCGGUGGGAAAGUGCUGGUCUGGAUCGAGAGGAAUGAUCAAGUGGGGGAGGAGAUUGCGCGUGCGGUACCAGAGCCGGCAGAAGGAAAAUCCCAGACUGAAAGAUGAAGAAGAAGAGACCUGCAAGGAGGAAGACGAUGGAAAUGAAACAGAAGGCACUGAUGAUGGAACCCGUAAGAGAAAGUUGAUUGAAUCCAGGACUGAGAGACUCGCUCAGAGGGCCAAGGUUUCUGAUAGUGCUCAGAAGCAGAAGGAGAAUCAAAUCGUGGUUUAUACGAGGAAGUCAGCGAAGAAAUUUAUUGAUCGAUGGUCUGUUGAGAGGUACAAACUAGCUGAGAGGAACAUGUUAAAAGUGAUGAAGGAGAAAAACGCAGUGUUUGGCAACUCCAUACUCAGGUCAGAGUUGACGUCGGAAGCGAGGAAGCUGAUCGGAGACACGGGUCUAUUAGAUCAUCUCCUUAAGCACAUGGCGGGUAAGGUGGCUCCUGGAGGUCAAGACAGGUUUAGGAGAAAACACAAUGCAGAUGGAGCAAUGGAGUAUUGGUUGGAGAGUGCUGAUUUGAUUCGCAUAAGGAAAGAAGCAGGAGUUGAAGAUCCUUAUUGGACUCCUCCACCUGGUUGGAAGCUUGGUGAUAAUCCUACUCAAGAUCCUAUCUGUGCUGGAGAAAUCCGUGAGAUCAGAGAUGGAUUAGCUAGCCUGAAACGUGAAUUUGAGAAACUCGCUUCAAAGAAGGAAGAGGACGAGCUUCUUGUCAUGACUACACCUAAUUCUUGUGUUACUAGUCAGAACGUAGACCAUGACAAUCUGAUGACUCCAGCAAAGGAAAUGUACGCUGAUCUGCUGAAGAAGAAAUACAAAAUCGAGGACCAGCUAGUGAUUGUUGCAGAAACCUUGCGUCAAAUGGAGGAAGACAUGGGAUGGCUUAAGAAAACAGUGGACGAGAACUAUCCUAGAAAGCCAGACUCAACAGAGACACCUCUGCUACUCGAGGAUUCACCAACUUUGAAGACACUAGAAGAAGUGAAGAACAAGAGAAACCAAGUCACAGAGUCACCUCGAAACAGAGAAAAGGGCAAGAAACAAGAACAACGAUCACCACUUUCACUUAUAAGCAACACUGGUUUCAGACUCUGCAGGCCUGUGGCGAGUUUCUCAUGGCCCAAACUUCCUGCUCUUGCCGCUGUUACUGGUGAUACUUCUUCUGGUAAUAAUGAUGAGUUUGCUUCUUUGCCAAGUCACCGACCAUCUCCUACUCCUGUGAAGCCACUUGCAGCUAAGCGUCCUCUCGUCUUGCCUUUUCGCUUUACCAUCAAUCCCCCAGAAACUCCCACUAAUCUCUUCAGCCUUUGA